GAUCUUUGGAAAUUCUUGAAAAGGAUCUGCGGUCGCAGUGUUGGUCGCGCCGAAGAGCUCUCUCGGUGUCUUCUCGCUCUUCUUCCUCUUCUGCUACGUGCGGCUUUUCCUAACAUACUUGUUCCAACGCGAAGAGCAAAAAUCACAUUAGACCCCGAGACAUCGACUGGUGCUUGUGUGCAGUGUGAAACCCUCAUGGAAUUCAAAGUCCAAUUCUUCUGCCUUCUUCUCAAAGCUCUUUGGUAAUUCGAAGUUCACAUAACCGUGACUUCUCCAAGGCUACAAAUCAAUUCCAAGAUCAUCAACUUCGCUCAACCCGUCACGAGCGCGCAUCCGGACUGUCUAUCACCCCCCUCUCCUCCGUUCACUCUUCCGAUUCGACUCGAAACGAGGCCGCGCCGAGAUCCCCCACUAAACCGGGCCUAAUCCCCCACAUUUUUCCCCUCGCCCCGACCGACCGACCAUGUCAUCCACCGGCAUUGAGCGAGCGGGACACCGCGACGGCCUUCCGAAUUAUGGAGGCGGCUACUCCGAACAUGGCCGUUUCCCCGAUGAGAAGGGCGUUGGCGAGCCAUAUGGCGAACCCUUAGACGGCGGCUUUCGGUCUUCGCUCGAUUCUGGCGACAAGGGAGACCAUACCCACCGCAAGCUCAAGUCGCGACACAUUCAGCUGAUUGGCAUUGGCGGAACAACUGGAACCGCUCUUUACGUACAAAUCGGAAGAGGCUUGCUCAAUGGCGGCCCCGCCAGCUUAUUCCUCGCCUUCACCAUCUGGUGUACUUUCAUCCUAGCCGUGACUCUAAGCAUGGCCGAGAUGGUCACCUAUCUCCCGAUUUCGAGUCCCUUUAUCCGCUUCGCGGGUCGCUACGUCGAUGAGGCAUUUGGUUUCGCUGCCGGUUGGAACUUUUUCGUUUUUGAAGCCGCUCUCGUCCCUUUUGAGGUCGUCGCCUGUAACCUCAUCAUCCACUUUUGGAGCGACGUCGUACCCGCUGGAGGCAUCAUUGCGAUCAUUCUCGUCCUGUAUGGUAUUAUCAAUGUCAUGGCGGUGCAGUGGUACGGCGAGACUGAGUUCUGGGCUGCGCUUGGCAAGUUCUUGCUCAUCGUGGGACUCAUCAUUUUCACGUUCAUCGUCAUGCUGGGAGGAAAUCCGCUUGGAGACAGAUUCGGCUUCCGGUACUGGUACGAACCAGGCGCAUUCACAGAGCUCUACUACAGCGGCUCCCUCGGACGCUUCCUCGGCUUCCUACAAUGCUUGAUCCAGGCUUCCUUUACCAUCGCAGGACCCGACUACGUCGCCAUGGCUGCCGGCGAGGCCGAGAACCCGCGCAAAGUUAUGCCCCGCGCCUUCAACGCAGUCUUCUACCGCCUGACCGCCUUCUUCGUCCUCGGUUCCCUCUGCGUCGGCAUCCUCGUCCCCUACAACGACGAAGAGCUUACCCGUGCCUUCAAGGACGGUGAACCCGGCGCCUCGGCCUCACCAUACGUUGUCGCCAUGAAUCGCCUCAAGAUCAGCGGCCUGCCACACAUCGUCAAUGCCAUGGUCCUCACGGCCGCCUUCUCUGCGGGCAACUCGUACGUCUACUGCGCCUCGCGAUCACUGUACGGGUUGGCGCUUGAGGGCAAGGCGCCCGCAUUUUUCAAGAAGUGCACGAAGAAGGGUGUUCCGGUCUACUGCGUCAUCGCCGUCCUGCUCAUCGGCCUGCUCAGCUUUCUGCAACUCAGUGCCAACACUGCUGUUGUGCUGAACUGGUUUGUGAGCUUGGUCACCGCGUCGCAAUUGAUCAACUUCUCCUGCAUGUGCACGGCGUAUCUUGGGUUCUAUCGUGCGCUCAAGGCCCAAGGCAUCAGUCGCGAUACCCUUCCCUACAAGGCUUGGUUCCAGCCGUACGCUGCCUGGUACGGUCUCAUCGGCACCUUCAUCAUGACGUUCGUCGGAGGUUACACCGUUUUUCUGCCUUUGGAUGGAUACUGGAGUAUCCCUGAUUUCCUCUUCUCGUAAGCCAAUCAUUGUCUUUAGCUGGUCUGCAUGAUGUGGUAUACUGAGAAGCACGAGGUACACGAUGGUCGGCAUCUUCCCUGUGCUGUACCUGGGCUGGAAAUUCCUCAAGAAGACUAAGAUCUUCAAGCCUGAAGAGGUCGAUCUGUACCGUAACAAGGAUGAGAUUGACGAGUACGAGAGGACGUUCGUGCCUACUCCUGCCAAGUGAGUUGACAAUCUUAUCCGAUAAUCAACAAGCGGUUCUAACGGGCACAACCAGGAACGUCUUUGAAAAGGUUCUAGACAAGCUAUUUGGGUAGAAUUGUGUUGACAUAGCCGUCCAUUGUAUCAUCGGCGUUUAGGGUGAAAGAAAUAGAUAUCCCAUAGGCAG